GACAGACCGGACACCUCUUACUCAUCUGCCAUCUUCUUCACAGUCUGACUUUGACUCUGCAAUUUCUUGACCAACAUCAACCAUCAUGUCUUCGGGCUUCAUCAACGACCCUCGGGUUCUGCAUCCGGACGUCAAGGCCGGCCCGAACCUGCCUCAGCAGGACGGGGCGCAGAAGCCAGGCUCCAAUGGACCCACGACCGAGAACACGGACGUGUACUUCUGGUACUUCGGCAAGGAUGUCUCUACCGAGAGCGCCACUCCGGCGUAUAGCCAGAGCAUGCUUUCGGUCCACGCCAACCCGCCUGGCGUGGAGUCGGUCGUCAAUACCAUCGACGGAAGGGCCUCGGUUGCCAGCGCCGACUACUCGACCGCCACCGGCAAAUAUCGCGGAAUCGUGAAGCUGUUUCUCCUGUACGACGGACAGGUCACGGGCGACGCGACGCCCGAGGAAGCCACCUGGGCCAUCGCCACGGGCUUCCUCGUGUCGGCCGACGUGGUCGUGACUGCGGGCCACUGCGCCUUCGACUACUCGCGCGGGCUGGGCCGGCUGAUCCAGGCCAAGGCGUACGUGGGAUACGGCACGAACUCGGUGGCCUUCAGCUACGGCGCGGCCGUCGCCACCACGGACGGCUGGAUCAACAAGAGCGGCAGUGAGCCGGCCGAUCUGUCCUUCAUCAAGCUCAAGCGCGCCUUUACCGCGCAGGAAGUCAGCACGUACUACAACAUGAAGGCGACGCCUCUCAGCGGCCGGGGCGUCAACCUGGGUGUUGUGGGCUACCCGGGCGACAUCGUAGGCCAGAACGGAGAGAGAGGCGCGUCCCUGUACGAGAUGUUCCGGCGGACCGACUACGACCUGGCUGCUGCAGACCGGAAGAUGCUGCAGUAUCAGAUCGACACGUACGGCGGAAACUCGGGCUCCCCCGUGUUCGACAGCGAGAAGGCUGUCGACGUCAUCGGAGUGCACGUCCUCGGCGGCUACUCGUACAAUUCGGCGUCCGUGUUCAACGGAAACUACGGGAACCGCUGCCACGCCUACUUCCUCGUCGCCCAGGCCCUCACCGAUGACCAAAACAACCCGCCCGGCUCCAGCCACCCCGCAGGAAAGCCGGACUGGCUGUGGAAAUGCACCAAAGAGACCACCGAGUCGGACACGGACCCCGUGGGCGCGGAACUCGACACGGUCAUGAACAGCGCCAAGACGGUCGUUAAGGCCCCCGCGACCAGCAUCGUCGACUGGGCGCAGCCGCUGACGUUCGGCACCGAGGCCGGCCCGCGCCUCUCAAUCCUCUCGUCGGCGGCCAUCGCGACCGCGGGGCGGCUCGCGGCUGACAGCGUCAGCGGGGCCAACGUCGAGUCGCUCAGCUGCACGCGGCCGUACGACGGCAUCCUGGGCCGGUCCAUCCUGGCCGAGUGCGCGCUGCAGCACUUCCUCUCGCUGUCCCCCGAGGACCAGAAGCCGUACCGCGAGAAGAUGGGCAACAAGGUCACCGCGCUGAAGCCCCUCUACACGCGCGUCGGCCCGCGCAUCCUGCGCGGCACGCUCGAGCCCAGCAUGCGGCUGCUGCUCUCGACCAUCGCCGGCCCGCCCGACAGCGGCAGCGUGCGCGCGACGCGUGAGUCGCUCGACGCCGAGAAGGACACGGGCUUCGGGCGCGCGCUGACGGCGGACGAGGAGGCCUUCAUGAAGGGGCUCAUCGACACGGCCGACCGCGACGCCGUCGAGUCGUUCUGGAGCACGCUGACCACCAUCGGCGACGUCAUCGGCAGCGCCUUCCGCAAGGCCGGACCCGUGAUAGCUGACGUGGCCAAGAUCGGCCUGCCGCUGCUGCUGGGCAGCGGCACCGGCACCGAGGCCGCCGGCGGGGGCCGGCCCCUGCCGCCGCCGCCGCCGUCGGCGCUUGACCCGCUGGGCCACCGCGCGCUGCUGGCCGAGGCGUGCCUGCAGACGUAUGUUGAGUGCAUUCAGACCGAGUCGGCGACGCGCAGGAAGAGCAUCUUCUCCAAGAUCCUGGACAAGGUCAAGGUCUUUGGUCCCAUCAUGAUGCGCGCGUCGCCCUACGUGGCCAAGUACAUCGCCCCCGUCGUGGCCGACGUGCUGCGCGAGGUCAACGGGCAGAACAAGGCCGAGUUUCUGGACUUUACCUAUGGGAAGUAGGUGGUGAAAGAGGGAGGGCUUGUUGGCCUGGGGUGUCGGGACCGUAGGUGCAGGCAACAUCAGAUGAUCAGCCCAGGGGUAGGUAACGACUAGGUAACGAGUGACGUCAGCGCUUUUCAGCUUUUCAGGGUACUAGCACUUCGGCACAGAUUGAAUCCACGUGUUUUCCUUUGCCUUAUUUUUUCUUUCUCCCACAUAGCCACGUUACAAUUGCUUCACUAUGUAGUCGAAACAAUUCUCAGACCGAAGUGAAAUCACGGCCAGCCAUCU